AUGAGACAGUCCAAAAUAACGGCUACCCGAGGAAUUUCAUAUGGAGGUGCUUACGAGGCCAGCAACAAGCUGAUUCGUCAACACAAACAGCAGAGGAAGAUUACGCUGCCGUAUAUCAGAAAAGUGGCGGAGAUGACUGAACGACAUCUACGGCAACAUGGAAUCGCAGUCGCCUUCAGGCCUACAAACACGUUGAGAACUCUCUCGAAACCAAAGGGAGUUACACCAAUCAACUCUCAACUUCUUUAUGGUGCCGAUACGCCCGAUGAUAUUGCCUCGGCAUUUUUCAUUACGACUGCAGAAUAUUGA